UUACAUGGUGAUCAAAAGCUAUGAACAUUAAGAGAGACAAAAGUGGUAUAAACUAGAAGAAUAGCCAUUAGAGAAACUAUACAAAAACAAAGCAAGAAAAGGAAGGCUAUGGGCAGUGAGAUAGAUGAUUCAUUGGCUCAAGCUGCUCCUUAUGCUCCUGUUACUUUUGAGAGACCUGUUCGUGAUGACCUGGAAACUACCCUUCCUAAGCCUUAUAUGGCAAGAGCAUUGGUAGCUCCUGAUACAGAACAUCCUACAGGAACACCAGGACAUAAGAAUCACGGGCUGAGUGUGUUGCAGCAGCAUGUGGCCUUCUUUGAUCAAGAUGACAAUGGAAUAGUUUACCCUUGGGAGACAUAUAUUGGGUUGCGUGCGAUUGGUUUUAAUAUAAUUGCCUCUCUUGUUAUGGCCAUUGUUAUCAACGUGUCCUUGAGCUAUCCUACUCUCCCUGGUUGGUUUCCUUCGCCCCUUUUCCCCAUUUACAUUGGCAAUAUACAUAAAGCCAAGCAUGGCAGCGACUCGGGAACAUAUGACACUGAAGGACGACAUAUGCCUGUGAAUCUUGAAAAUAUCUUCAGCAAGUAUUCUAAUACGGUGCCUGACAAAUUGACAUUCGGGGAGCUCUGGGACAUGACAGAGGGACAGAGACUUGCCUUCGACAUCUUUGGAUGGAUUGCAGCCAAGUUAGAGUGGGGACUCCUCUAUAUUCUUGCAAGAGAUGAAGAAGGUUUUCUGUCUAAAGAAGCUGUUCGGCGCUGUUUUGAUGGAAGUUUGUUCGAGUAUUGUGCUAAAAUGAACAUGGGAAGAUGACUUAAUAAAGGCAAUACCAGAUAGAAGCUUGAGUAAUGAUAGUAAGCCUAAGAUGAGUUAAUAAAGGCAAUACCAUAUAAAAACUAAUGAUUGUAACUAAGCUAAUAAAGUGAGAGAUGGCUCUUUCCUCUCUGUGCAUAUUUUCCAGAUUAAGGAAAUGGUCACAUAGGUGUAUUUGUGUGUAUUUUCUUGGUUGUUCAGCUUGCGUAUCAAUAUUCCAAGUUUAUGGUUCGUUUCC